AGGAGGAGGAGGAUGAAAGGAGCAUCAGUAGUGAGGGAGGGAUGAAGGGUGUGGCGGUGGUGAUAUAAAGCCUCUUUGCAUCCACUUCCUCAUCACUUCAGCCACUCUUCAGCGUCUCUCCGUACUUCUGCAUCAGGAAAAGCAGCAAACCAGCCAUCAUGUCUCAAAUUCAGCAGGCCAUGGUUCUCCUCAUCGACUGCUUCCAGAAGUACGCCGGCAAGGAGGGCGACAAGAACACUCUGAGCAAGGGAGAGCUGAAGGAGCUGCUCCAGCAUGAACUCGGAGGGCCCCUGGGGAAAGCCAACGACAAGGCGGCCAUCGAUCGCAUCUUCAAGGACCUGGACAUCAACAAAGACAACAGCGUGGACUUCAGGGAAUAUGUCAACCUGGUCGCUUGCCUCACUCAGUUGUGCUUUGAGUACUUCACCACCGCAAAAUAGAAAGGGGGAGCCCCACCUACGUGGAAAGACGCAUAUUUCGGUCCUAAAGGCAUAAAAGGCCCUUCAUAAGUCAUGAUUAAUGAUAUCGUACCACAUAACACAAUAAAAGUCACUAAAACGC